AUGUCCAUCUGCGCGCUGGCCAGUGGACCUUUUACAUCUACAAUCGGUUAUUUCAAUCCAGCGUUACUUUUCGGCAGCGCGCUGAGUGUGACUCGAGCAGCAUUGAUGGCCACAUUCGAAACCCAUACGCCUGCAGCACGAUGGAUAGCUUACCAGAUCAUCUACGGUAUCGGCGUUGGUAUGGCAUUCCAGCCUCCUUUCAUCGCCCUGCAAACCGUACUUGAGAAGCCACUUGUUCCUGCAGCCUUGGUACUGCUGAACUUUGUGCAGAUGCUCGGUGGCAUCAUCUUCCUAUCCAUCUCUCAGAAUGUGUUCCUGGACAAGCUGACAAACAAUCUUACGCAAAACAUCCCGAAUUUUAACCCAGCCAUUGCCAAGCAGAAUGGCGCGACUGGUCUAAAGGGUUUGGCGCCCGUUGAUUGUCAACCGCAGGUCAUACUGGCCUACAAUUCUGCUAUCAUGGACGUAUUCUACAUCGCACUUGGUCUGGUUAGUGUUGGUCUGCUAGCUGCGCUCGGCCUUGAGUGGAGGUCAAUCAAGAAGGACGAUAAGAAGAGAGAGUGA